AGUGAUGUUUCGCCUUGCAUUCAUUUUGUCAGUUUUAGUGCUGGUCAUCCAGGUUAAUGGCGACGAUGAAAACGACCCACUUCCCAAUGAUAUAGAAGAGAAGAUACUUUUACAAGAUCGAUUAUACGACUUAUUGCUUGAUGACCGUAAGGCUGGUCAAUGUGGAAUACAAGAAUCUUACCUUAGUUGUGCCCAUGUAAACCUCUGUACCAGAGGGCAGUGUCCACAAAACCAGCACUGUUGCAUCACGAAUAAAUGUGGGGAUAUAUGCCUCUGCAAACCACAUCCCGAAAACUGUUCGACGUUUUGUACAUACGGAUAUAAGACAGGACAAGAUGGCUGUUAUACGUGUAGUUGUAAUCCAUUCAAUUUGAAACGACUCCUGAGGAGGUUAAUGGACAGAAAGGAUAUACAGUCCUCUAAAGAGGGGGAAAUGUGAAGACAUGGAAAAUAUCAGAAGAGGAAACAACAAGGACAUAUAGUUUAGCCAAAAAUAAAAACUAUUUUGGAAAUUACUCAAUCAUCACCACUUUCAAUAUUCUUCAAUGUAACAUAC